AUGAAUACGGAAAUGCAGUGCAUCGCUGACGCUUACGGCCAUACCACGUUGAAAGCACGCCAUCCCGUCCGAUCUGGCAAGUUAAGCAACGUUGGGCCUGGAUACACGCCACCCCGUCCGAUCUGGCAAGUUAAGCAACGUUGGGCCUGGUUUGUACUUGGAUCGGAGACGGCUUGGGAAUCCCAGGUGUCGCAAGCUUUUCCGUGCAUCGCUGUCGCUUACGGCCAUACCACGUUAAAGGCACGCAAUCCCCUCCGAUCUGGCAAGUUAAGCAACGUUAUUUUCAAAUGGGACCUUCCAACAUAUCAACGGUGGUACAUCAUCAUCCACUAUUCCUAUUCACACACCUUCAGCGAUUGUCUUAGAAUGAAUUCGGAAAUGCAGUCCAAGCAACGUUGGGCCUGGUUAGUACUUGGAUCGGAGACGGCUUGGGAAUCCCAGGUUUCGUAA